AUGGCAAAAGUAGAAGGAGCGCCAGCGCACGGUGCUGUGGCCCACCUCUUGCCACAGACAUACAAGCGCUACAUCUCGGAGUGGCUCGAAGAGGAUACCCCGAGCUUCGAUUAUGGUGGCUUCGUUGUUGGAGACGAUGUCAGUGAAGCAAAGCUGCUCGGCAAGAGCGAGGUAUUUCGCAAGCUGCUCCUUGGCGAACGGGUAGCGCUCAACACACUUGCGCGGUGCUCAGGCAUAGCAACAAAGUCGAACCGAUUACUUACGCUACUACGCAAAGCUGGCUAUCCCAACAUUCUUGCUGGGACGCGCAAGACGACUCCAGGAUUCCGGCUAGUUGAGAAGUACGGCAUGCUUGUUGGUGGUGUUGAUGCCCAUCGAGUCGAUCUGUCUCACAUGACCAUGUUGAAAGACAACCAUAUCGUCGCUGCUGGCAGCAUCACAAACGCUGUCCGUGCUGCCAAAUCAGCGGGUGGCUUCGCUACCAAAGUCGAGGUCGAAUGCCAGAGUUACGAGGAGGCAGAUGAAGCGAUCGCAGCAGGCGCUGACAUUGUUAUGCUGGACAACUUCACUCCAGAUGGUGUCAAGGUCGCGGCUGCGCAGCUCAAAGAGAAGUGGGGCCGAGGAACGGGCGAUAGGAAGGCGUUCUUGGUGGAGGUAAGCGGUGGUCUCACAGAGCACAACGUCGAGAAGUACGUGUGUGGAGAUAUCGACAUCUCCUACCAUGCCGUGUUUUACGAAAGGUGGGCGGCAGAAGUUACUAAGCAAAACGAGGCCAUCAGCUUGACUGGUUUCUUCUCAUGUGACCUUGCUUUCCACGUCGACUCCGUUCGACUCCUGGAGCUGUACUUUGAGAACUUCUGGCCUUCUCUUCCCAUCAUCCUGCCCGUUCACCACCUUCAAUGGAGACUGUCAAAUGAUGGUCACGGAAUGGAAACACUCCUCCUUGUUCUGCAAUAUAUUGGUGCUGUCUAUGCCCCAUGGAUUAGAUUAGGUCCAGGACCGUACAAGAAGACGGCAAUACAGGCACUCAAAUCACCUUUCCUCGCCCAUACGCCAUUCAACGUGCAAGCUCUAUUACUUUUUGCGAUUGCAGAGUAUCAUUCGGACUGCAAACCAGAAGGUCAAGGUCAGCUCAAUCUUGCAGUGAAGAUUGCAUUGGAGCUACACAUGAAUCAACAAGCCUUUGCACAGGUGUAUGGCGAAGGCAGCCCCGUGCUCGAAGAGUCUUGGAGACGAACGUAUUACUUUCUCGCCAUCGCCAACCAAGACUUUGCGGUUUUCUCCAACACUCCUAUAUACACAUUGGCUAAUGUCUCAAACACGGUCGAUCUCCCUUGCGAUGACGAGCACUUCAACUCCGGCUUGAUACCUCCAGUCAUGAGUCUUCACGACUAUGAAGAUCGUGAGCUUGCGGAGCUCGAGAUUGUCUUCUCUUCUAUUGCCUAUUUCUAUGAUCUUCACUUGAUCGUUAAGUCUGUGAUGGAUAUGUUUGUAGAGAGUGGCACUUUUGGAGAAGCGAUGAUCGAGGUGCACGACACCAAGCUUGCCAUCUGGACUUCGCUUCUACCAGCGUGCAAAAAGGAUCCAUUGCGAAGAGACGGCGCAAUUGACGAGGUCAUGUUCGCCGCCCAUAUGGCUGCGACUAUCGCGUUGAGCGGACUACAUCGCUCGUUCUCGAACCUAGUCAUUUGUGAAGAGGAAAUAGCCACGAAGUCCUUCCUGCCCAUGGUCCUGUUCGUCACACCACCUCAACAAGGACGCGCAGCACACACUGCUCGUGUCCUCAAAGCCAGCGAGAUGCACACAAAGCUUCUUGCAAUUCCAUGCACUAUGGAGAGGCACAAUGUAUUCACCAUGUACAUGGUUGCCCGACUCGCGACAACACAGACUUCUGCUUGCAGAUAUCUUCUCGAAGACCGCGCUUUAGCCAUCGCACGCGAUAGAAUCAGACUGAGUAUCGGCUUUCUCAAUUCCAUGGGUUCCGUCUGGCCACUGGGGAAGAUGAUGGCAAAGGAAGUCAAUCACAUUGCUCGGAUAAAUUUAUCAAAGAGCCACACCACUGUGGCCCAGAUCCCGGAUUCUACAUUGGAGACCGACGUGCCACGGGACGAUUUGAUCUUUCCCGUCAACCCGUCUGCACAGAUCGAUAUAUUCUCAGGGCUCACGCUGCCGAUCGACUGGGAGACGACAAAUUGCAGCUAUGCGUCUUCGGGCCACUUUGGUAUAUCAUAG